AUGGGAUCCACAAUUGCAGACAGCAUCAAGGAGGUGGCGCCAGCCAUGCUUUCUUUCGAGAUGCGUUACGCUACAUACACAGUUGCCUGGGCUUUGAUUUUGACUAUCAUUGAGAUUGCCGCCACCAUGGCUUUCAACCCCCUGUGGGGCAUGGGUAACAGAACCGCCGGUGAAGAACCAGCUGGGUUAUGUAGACGCAUUCGCAAUGCAGCCGAUAACAACCGAAUCAAUUGCGUUAUGUUUGUCCUCACUCUUUUGAUCGCUGAUAACGCCGGAGUGCACAGCAAUGCCAUGCACCUUGCCUGUCGUCUGUUCCUGGGUUGCCGCAUCUUCCACGCAAUCUUCUACGCCAUUGGACUGGCUCCCAUGCGCACUGUCGCGUUCCUGGGCAGCUACUUUGCGUUUGUCAUCGUUAUCACCCAGAUCGUUGGUAUGAAGAACGUCACCGUUGAACAAUACAUCGACCAAUUGCAAUCCGAGUUCAACAAGAACGUGUACCCACACAUCGAGCAACACGUCAAACAUCUUGAUCUGUAA